AUGGCUGAUAUGCCCAUUGUGCUCGACGGAGGAACUGGUUUCCUCAAGGUCGGAUAUGCUGCGCAGAACUUCCCCGAGCACCAGUUCCCCUCGAUAGUGGGGCGGCCCAUAUUGCGAACGGAGGAGCAGGCCGGCGACAUUGUCGUCAAGGAUAUCAUGUGCGGAGAUGAAGCUGCUGCUGCCAGAUCUAUGCUGCAAAUCACCUACCCUAUGGAGAAUGGUAUCGUGAAGAGAUGGGAUGACAUGCAACACCUAUGGAACUACACCUUUUACGAGAAGAUGAAGAUCGAUCCUACGGGCCGCAAGAUUCUCUUGACCGAACCCCCCAUGAAUCCCCUGAAGAACCGGGAGCAAAUGGCUGAGGUUAUGCUGGAAGGCUACAACUUUGGAGGUGUAUACGUUGCUAUUCAAGCUGUGCUUGCACUAUACGCCCAGGGUCUCAGCAGUGGUGUGGUCGUUGACUCCGGUGACGGUGUCACCCACAUUAUCCCCGUCUACGAAUCUACAGUCCUUAACCACCACAUUCGCCGACUUGAUGUCGCCGGUCGUGAUGUCACCCGUAACCUCAUCGCCCUCUUGCUCCGUCGCGGUUAUGCUUUGAACCGUACCGCCGACUUCGAGACCGUGCGCCAGAUCAAGGAGAAGCUCUGCUACGUGUCCUACGAUCUCGAGUUGGACAAGAAGCUCUCCGAAGACACCACCGUUCUUGUCGAGUCCUACACCCUCCCUGAUGGUCGCGUCAUCCGCGUCGGCAGCGAGCGCUUCGAAGCCCCCGAAUGUCUCUUCCAGCCGCACCUGGUGGAUGUCGACCAACCCGGUAUCGCCGAAUUGCUCUUCAACACCAUCCAGGGCGCCGAUGUCGACGUGCGCUCCAGUCUCUACAAGGCUAUCGUGCUCAGUGGAGGAAGCAGCAUGUACCCCGGUCUGCCUUCCCGGUUGGAGAAGGAGCUCAAGCAAUUGUGGCUCACACGGGUCCUGCAAGGCAACCCGGAGAGGUUGAACAAAUUCAAGGUGCGCAUCGAGGACCCGCCACGACGAAGACACAUGGUCUUCCUGGGAGGUGCCGUCCUCGCCAACCUGAUCGCCGACAAGGAGGAUAUGUGGGUUACCAAGCAAGAGUGGCAGGAACAGGGUGCACGUGCCCUGGCCAAGCUCGGCCCUAGAUAG